GGCGGCAUGAUCGCCAUCAAGAGUGCGAUGGCCCGCCCGCGCUUCUUCACGGGCGUCGUGCUCAUGGGGCCGCUGAUCAAGGCCAGCGCCUCCGAAGCCACGCCCCCGAGAAUCUUCCUGGCACGCCUUGUUGCGAGGAUCCUCCCCUACCUGGCCGUUGCGAAGCUGAAGUUGGAUCACGUGACCCGCGACGAGGAAAUGAAGAACAGAAUGCGCAAGGAUCCGCUCAGAUAUCAAGGCGGGAUUCGAGCGCGCUGGGCCGUGGCAGGAAUCGAAGCGCUGAUGUAUUUCGAAAACCACAUUCCCGAGGUCGAGUGGCCAUUCCUGAUUCUCCACGGCGAGGAGGACCACCUGUGCGCCCCCGAAGGCUCCAAGAUGCUUCUGGAACAUUCCAAGAGCACCGAUAAGGAGCUGAAGAUAUUUCCUUCAGCAUUCCACCAUCUGUACCUGGAGUUGCCUGAGGUGCGGCACGAGGCUCUCCAAGACACAGUGGAUUGGAUCGCAGCCCGAGUCGCAACUACGAAGAAGUGAACACCUUGUACAUAUAUGUUUAUAGAUAUAUAUAUAUUUUUUUCUCUCUCUCUUUUGGUUGAGUUGUAGGUUUGAGAUACGCAGUGGCAUUUGGAACACUUCUUAGCUGAAUAGGUCUUUUUAUUACUAUUAUUGUCAUUAUUAUUAUUAUUAUUAUUAUUAUUAUUAUUAUUAUUAUUAUUAUUAUUAUUACUGUUACUAUUAUUAUUAUUAUUAUUAUUAUCAUUAUUUAAUAAAUUAAUUUAUUAUUUUUAUUUUUAUUUUUUAUUUCUUUUAUGAAAGGAAUGAAUGUUAGUUUGAAAUUCUGAUUGAAAUCAUUUACUAGAAAGUAGCUAAAUAAAUAAAAAGGAUACUUCUUGUAGGCCUUAAGAUAAUGAAAGACAAUGCAGUAUAAAUACCUUUAGUUUACCCAGUUUGUAGGAAUUUAUAUGUGAUGAAGUAUAGAACAGUUGAAUACUCCCUGUUAUGUCAUUUGGAAGUACGCUAGUUAUAUGAAGAACAGUAAUCUGUUUUAUAGCUAAAUGGUGUUUAAGAGUAUCACUAAUGUUUGUGCAGCUUGGAAAGGAAUCCCAGUACAUUAGUGUCACAUAGGGAUUAAUUAGAAUCAGAAUUACAAAUGUGUCUCAUCCCUGUAUUUUAUAGAUUUUAGUAUGAGCAUCAUUAUUAGUGUUCUGAAUUGUUAAUAGAACUGCAUGAAGGAAGAAAGUUAUAUAGAAGUCUGCAAUAGGCAAGACUGGAAAGUACAGGGGUUUGGGCAAAAAUGUGUCUACUUUUAGGUUUAAAAGAACUUAAAACUUAAGCUUGUUAGCUCUAGUUGAGAGAUCUUACAUAUAUAUGUGUGUGUGUGUGAGUGUGUGUGUGCAUGUACAUAUGUGUGUGCAUGUACAUGUGUGUGUGCAUGUACAUGUGUGUGUGCAUGUGCGUAUGCGUGUGUGUGUGCGUGCGUGCGUGUGCAUGUGUGCAUACGUGCUAUUGAAACUGUAUGAAUACUGUUAACUGUUAUGGUCAGUUUUGUAUUAUGAAAGAAAUGUCAAACAGAGUUUAUGGUUGUUAGGAAAUAUAUGAAACUGUUAAUUUCUCUAUAAGAUACCAUAUUCUUAAAUAUUUUUAGUUUCUAUCUGUUGAAACAAGGAACUUUAUAAGGGUAAAGUUGAACAUAGCUUACUUUACUACUUUCUAAAGAUUAAUUGAGAAGUAUAUUUUUAAAUAAAAGGCUAAUGGAAAGGAAAUCUGCCAUUGUGAAAACAUUAUUCUGUUGAGGAUUUUGAUGUAGAAGAAAAAAAAUCAUGUUAAAGGAAAUAAUAAAGAAAGGAAAUUACUUUGAAGUUUUUGGAUGUGGGAAAUAUACUUGUGGUUAAAUUUACAAAGAUGUAUGUUAGCAGAUUGCUAAGAUCUCUAAAGAAUAACCAAAAA